AUGGGCAGAAAGCUUUGCCUCUCCUCCCUCUUCUUCUUCAGAAUCAGAGACGCUCCCAAAUCCCUCUCCUCCUUCUCUUCUUCUUCCUCUUCUCCUCGAUCGUGGCCCUGCUGCAUUCUCCCCAAAACCCACUCCUUCCGCCGCGCCGACGACAUCUUCAAGACGGUGAACUCCAUCUACUUCGACUCACACGACUCCUUCCUCACCUUCUCCGAAGAAGAAAUCAAGAGCUUCUCCGCAACCUCCGCUUCCGGCGAUUCGUACAACUCCGUCGAGAAUGUCAUUCGACGGCUGCCGACGGCUGCGAUCCGAUCGCGGCUCUUCUUCGAUCCCGGCGAGACCAGCUCGUCGAUCAUGGUGAAAUCGAAAUCGGCCGGCGAAGUCCUGUUCAAACAGAGCAUCGCGAUGACGGUUGAUUCGGAGGACCCGUCUAGGGAUUUUAGGGUUUCGAUGGAGGAGAUGGUGGCGGCUAAUGGGGUCAAGGAAUGGGAGAAACUGGUUGAACUUUUUGUUUGGUUUCUUAGGGCGAAUGGGAAGGAGAAUCAUGGAUUUAUAUUUGGGGCUUUUCUGGAGUUGCUUGUGGGACUUGCUGCUUCUUCUUCUUCCUCUUCUUCAGCUUCCUCUUCUUCUUCCUCCUCCUUUGUUUCUAGGGCUUUGGAGAUUGAGGAAUUGCAGGAAGAAUGCGAGUUGUGAUGAAUCCGUGUAUGAUACUUCGGUUUAGCCAGAAAUUUUCUUCGGUUUCCCAUUUUUUUUUUCUUUUUCAAU